AUGGCGAAUCUGGAUGUCAUCCACGCGUACCGGCACCUCUACCGGGGAUUGCUGCAAGCCAUACAGUUCUCCAAACCUGCCCGCUACGUGGUGAGAACCCAGAUGCGGCAGGCAUUCCGUGAGAAGGGCGCGGCACUGGACAAGGAGGCCGUGAAGCGCACGAUGUGGUUCCUGCAGGCCGCCGCGAGGGAGAGGGGGAUCGAGCACCAGAUUGUGAAGAACCUCAUUGGGGUGAGGGUGCGGAAUCACAUUGGAAGAGAAACAUGGAGGAGUGCCUACAUUCGCGAAAUCCAGGGCACUCCGUUUGAGGAGCAGAGGACGAAGGCUUUUGAUCACUACAACAUGACAAUAGCGAUGCUCAACAAGACUAUGGGACUUUGCCUUCGAUAA